UUCAGGCAGCAUGGGAGACGGGAGCACCCUCAGGAAGCUCUUGGACAAGGUCCAGGCCUACUCCACGGCAGGGGGCAAGGUGUGGCUCUCUGUGCUGUUCAUCUUCCAUAUCCUGCUGCUGGGCACGGCAGUGGAGUCGGCCUGGGGUGACAAGCAGUCAGCUUUUCGUUGUAACACGCAGCAGCCUGGCUGUGAGAAUGUGAGCUAUGACAAGUCCUUCCCCAUCUCACAUGUGUGCUUCUGGGUGCUGCAAAUCAUCUUCGUGUCAGUGCCCUCACUGCUCUACCUGGCUCACGUCUUCUACCUGAUGCGAAAGGAGGAGAAGCUGAAUAAGAAGGAGCAGCAGCUCAGGGUUGCCCAGAUGGAUGGUGCCAAUGUGGAGAUGCACCUGAAGCAGAUUGAGAUCAAGAAGUUCAAGUACGGCAUCGAGGAGCACGGAAAGGUGAAGAUGCGUGGCAGCUUGCUACGCACUUACAUCAUCAGCAUCCUCUUCAAGUCCCUCUUUGAAGUCUCCUUCUUGCUAAUCCAGUGGCACAUCUAUGGCUUCAGCCUCAGUGCCAUCUACACCUGCAAGUGUGACCCAUGUCCCCACCAGGUGGACUGCUUCCUGCCACACCCCACCGAGAAGACCAUCUUCAUCAUCUUCAUGCUGGUGGUAUCCCUGGUCUCACUGGCUCUCAAUACCAUUGAGCUCUUCUACAUCAUCUUCAAGGGCAUCAAGGACCGCAAGUGUAGGAGCAAACCCUACUACCCUGCCAGUGGCCCCCUGAGCCCCUGUAAGGACUGUGGUUUCCCCGAGUAUGCCUACUUCAAAGGCUGUUCUUCACCCACUGUGCCACUCUUGCCCAUGUCCUCAUCUGGUUACAACCUGGUGACCAGGGACAGGAACAAUCAGACCACUGAGCAGAACUGGGCCCAAUACAGAAUGGAGCAGAACCGCACAGGUCAGUCAGGCAGCACCAUUUCCAACUCCCAUGCCCAGCCCUUUGACUUCCCCAGUGACAACCAGAAUUCCAAAAAGAUCUCCACGGGACUUAAACUCCAGUCCCUGGCUAUUGUGGAGCAGCAGCCAUCCAGCAGAGCCAGCAGCCAACCCCAGCACAAGGACCUGGAAAUCUAG